AAUUACAAUUGGAAAGGGCUAGAUGUGCUUUGUUGUAUCUUAAAUAGACGAUGAUCAGCAAAAAACAUAUUGUAUGGGUCAGUAGUACAUGUAAAAAAUUGACUGCGCUGCCUCUUUUGUUGACGUUUUUAGACAAUCAUAGAGCAGAUGAUCUUGUGACACCAGGUGGUCUUGUCGCAAUCAACUUCGUCCCUCCCUGGCCCCUUGUUUCUCGUCCCUCAUGCUCUCCAUGGUGUUUUCGAUUGAGUCAUUGGGAUGUGUUGUAGUUUUUUUUCUAAAAUUUGCAAUGCAUGUAGCUACUACAUCAAACGCAUUGUCGCAACGGAUGAAUCAGGCAGCUUAGGUUGCCGCGUGAUUCGUCAAUGAGUGAAUGAAUGAAAAUAGCUGUCUUGAUUAGGUAAAUGUCAUCAAGAGGGGACGUAAUCAGGUGCCAUAUGGUGCUGGUCCAGGAAUGGUGGUGAAGUGACGUGCUGGUGAAGGUAGCAGUUUAAGAAAAACAAAAUAUGUAAAAGAACUGAAGAAUACACCCUUCAGGCGCAGGGCUGAGGCCACUCUUCUAGCAGCUCCAGACUACAAAAAAAGAAGUGAGGCAGAAGCCAAUCUAAAUCUAAAUCGGUUAUAGGGACAAAGGACAGAUCCUCUGUCGUAGGGACAAGGGACAAGGAUAGACAUAGAUCUAGGUCCUAGGUCAUAAGGGUUCCUUCAUUGUUCAUCAGAGCAGAACUAUACGGGCUUGUAGUACUAAAAGCAGUAUUUUUUAUAGUUCAUGUUCAACUUGGUGGACACCAUAAUUUCGACCACCUCAUUUUUUUCUACCUAGACCAACAAUCCUUGUCCUUGUACGUGUUGUGGUAGGACGGUGUAUCUAUACGUGUAGUGUACUUUGUUUUCCACAUCAUAUGCUGCAUCCGACGAACGUACGAAGGAACGGCUGUGGAUGUUGCAUAUUUUGGAAGCCUUACAUCAUACAUGCUUGCAUUUUAGGAUGAAAAAAGCUCCGGAACGAAUGAAGAGCAUAUUGGGCAGGUACAGACAACAACCAACACUGUAAGAAAAGUAAAACUAAUAGAAC